GGACAGGAAUCCGACCCAUGGUCCCAGAUAUUUUGGAUACAUUGGAGAGGAUGUAGCACCUCUCCUUGGUUUGAGUAUUAAGCAAACAAUUGCAACAUUUCAAAGGAUUUUCAAGGAUACAUUUCGAACUAAGAUAGAUUUGCAAGAGAGGAGGUGAAAGACAUCAAAGCUUAGAUUCCUUUCAAAGAGAAGACACCAGAAUGUUGAAACAUCAGUCCUCGUCCAUCCCAAAUUUGGGCCUACCCCCAAAAGGUGAAAACAACCUGCUGAUCUUGCCACCGAUAGAUGGCGACAUCAGAAGCCAGGCGACAGACUUCGUCAAGAAACAGUUCAGCGUAAUACCGUUCGUCAAUGAUCAACAAAAGGACCAAAUCGCGCGAUGGCUUGCGGAGCAUGUGCAGACCGAACGGAUGGGGUGGAGCAAAAAGAUGGAAUUGUCGAUCAGAGAGAUUGAAAAACAACGCAGAGGGACACUUUUGAAUAAUUCUCGUAUUCAGACGAUAAAUUCCCAAGUCGAACAUAUGAUUCAAAAAGAGGCUACAGAAGCGGAUACGAAAUUCGCUGAUGACAAUUACGAUGUGAUUCUGGAAUUAGAGCAGAAUGUCAUGACGCUGUGCAGUUUGGUGGGUCAGUUGUUGGACGAUAGAACCCAGUGUUUAAAACUGUUGGGCAUCUCGGAAAAGCAGAUGCACGAGUAUGAAUACGUCGCCGACUUAUUGCGGCAGAAGAUGAAUAGCUUUGACGGGGAGAUUAGGAGAUUAAGAGAUGAGAAAGAUGACAAUUUACAGACGCCCCGAUCUCAGGUUUCAAUUGUGUCUAAAAUUGACCCAGCGACGCCGCGGCGCGCUGGUGUUUCAAAAGGUGGGAAGAAAAAUAAAGGUGAACCGCCGGACCGCUUUUUAAGUUUGAAACCGGUUGAGACGGUGAAUUUGAUUCCGUUGGUUGUGUCACAUGAUGUGAAUAGUGAGAAACGCGUCAUGGCUGGCAAGAAUCGGAAAAAACGGAAGGAUUCUUUAGAUGGGAAGAAAAGAUUACACUUGCGGAAAGAAGUGGAAAUUGAUGAUAAGAAAAAAGCAAAAAGCGACCCAGAGUUGAUGUUAGGGAAAUUAGAGGUGCAAAAAAUCACGCCCAUUUCGCCUGACGAGAAGACAAGGAAACAAGAGGAAAUGAUUGAAGUUUUAAAGCUCGAAAUGAAAGAGUUGGAGGUGAUCGUGUUGCAAAAAGACAAAGAUUUAGAGAAGUAUAAACAUCAUAUUAAGACAUUAAAGCACUUGUACCACUAUGGUAACCUUGGGUUAAAGGGCGGGAAAUACAAAGAGUCAAACUUUAUGAGAACGAAUGACGCUGCCAAGUUUACGCAGAAGGAUUCGCUGUCGGUGAUGUCGCAUUCAUUGCCUGCGAUUGGGCCGGAAAACAUCAAUCAGAAUGGGAACGAGGACGUCGGUUUGUCGCUAGAUAGCAUUCUAUUCCCGCCUGCUAAGACUUCAGUUUCACGCUGCUUGCGGUGUAAGCGUUUGUACCGCUUGCAGGACAAUCAUAAAAAGGCGUGCCGUUAUCACCCAAAGUCGAAACGAAAGGUAGAGAAGUAUUCCGACAAUGGGAAGUUACAAAAUGUCACGUUUGUUUGGGACUGUUGCCACGGUGACGCUGAAAAUGACGGUUGUUGCGCGGACGAACACAUCUGACAACGAACCUAUAACUCCUUUCCUGCGAAGGUGGCGCCACUGUUCAGCCGUUCUGUACCGAGCGAAGCCAGACGUCAGGAUGACUGGAGUAACUUAUCUGUGGUCACGCGAAGUGAGCAGAAUAUUUCAUUUAUACAGUAGGACCUCUCUCAAGGACAACCUUUGGACUGAAAAAUGGUGUCCUUAAUUGAGAGAUGUCCUGAUUAAAGGGGACAUAAUCAAUGGAAAUAAACAUUUUGGAACAUCUGCCGUGUUCUUUAGAGAGGGGUGUCCUUUAUAGAGAUGGUGUGCUCAUCAGAAAGGACGUCCUUAAUAGAGAGGUGUCUGCUAAGGGAGGUUCCAUAGUUGACAAGGGGUGACCCUGACAUCAUUCUCUGUACUAAUUCAGGGCCUCUGCAGGCAGAAGUCAUUAACACAUGGCACAAUAUUGGGGGCCUGGUGGUCAUCAAAAGCAGUGCAUGUGAUACUAUAACAAAUGUAAUACCUAAACCUUCUCAGUGAACUUCCAGUGAAAAGGUUUUGAAUAUGAUUUAGUAAAAUUUUUGU